AUGUUUGGUGGGAGAUGGGGGUGCAUUCCAAUUUUGGCCGUAAUCGCCGUCGCGCGCGGCAGCUUGGUCCCAGCUCAUUUGGGAGUACAAGCUCACGGUUAUUCCGUGACCCACCAUGGCUCGCAUGUCCCCCAUCACUCUUAUGGCGCACACGGCUACGGUUACGGCGGAUUGGGUCAUAGCUACGCUCACUCAGUCAGUUAUCACGGAAAUCAUGCGGUAGCCUACGCUGGACAUGGGCUGAAUUAUGGCAGCCAUGGACUUGCCUACACCGGACACGGUUUGGGAUACAGCGGGUACGGUUUGGGAUAUGCUGGACACGGAUACGGACACCACGGUUAUGCAGGACAUAGUUUUGGUCAUGAUCACUAUGCUCACCCCAAAUACUCUUAUAACUAUGGUGUAGCUGACCAUCACACUGGUGAUAUUAAAUCUCAACAUGAAGUACGCGAUGGUGAUGUAGUUAAAGGACAAUAUUCACUGGUUGAGCCCGAUGGUUCCGUGCGCACUGUGAAAUACGCCGCCGAUGGUGUCAAUGGAUUCAACGCAGUGGUGUCCAAGAGUGCACCAACUGUCCAUGCUGUUCCCGUACACCACGGCCAUCACUAUUAA